AUGAAAGUCGAUUUCCGUCAACUCAUGGUGGGCUAUAAAAGUGCCAAAGAUCUGCCCAAUGGCACACACAGUUCGAUGGUCCAUCGUCCAGAAAUGAUCUACGCAAUUCUAGUGCUCUGUCUGCUGGGCAGUUGUGGCCCAGCAAUGGCCCAGAAGGUGGAAAAGGAUCCGCUGGCCAAGGAUCAAAGCAGCCGUUUGGCCGGCAUCUAUGUGAAGGAUGGCAACGAAAACGGCCAGCUGAGAUUCCUGGCAUCGGGCUUGAACAGUGGCAGCAGCAGCACCGGCUCUUCAAACACCGGCAUCAACUCGGCCCUGAAUCAGUACAUAACCAAUAAGCAGGAUAUGCUGGAGCAACUGCGUCCCACCUCGGGCGCCACAUCAACGGGAACGGGAGGUGUUACGGGCACAACGACGGGAACCACGUCAGGAACGACUUCGGGAACCGGAACUGGCCUGGUCACCACGACUACCAAUGGAGCUAUCUAUGUGAACCUGGGCAACUCGGGAUCCUCAUCAUCUUCGUCUUCCUCCUCGUCGGCCACCAAUGCGGCCAUCAAUCAGGUCAUCUAUGGAUCCUCUCCCGUUGCCGGUCUCUUGCCGCAGAUCGUGGGCCAGGCGGUGUCCAGUCGAGUGCGGCCCGGUGGCCAGAAUAACAGGAGGCGCGUUCCCGCCCGUAGGCGCCGGGUCAACAAGAGGCGUGGCAGCAUCAACAACAACAACCAGCGACGUCGCCGGCGUGGCAACAAGCGGGGCAAGAACAAGGCCCAGGUGAUGGUGGUGCGACCAAAUCGCGGUUGA